AAAAAAAAAAGUUCCUGAUGCGCGGCGCAUCGCGGCGUCGCGAGAAGCUGAGUCGACUUCCCAGGACAGUGCAGCCAAUAUUGUGCGCGUGAAGCAGCAAAAAUGGUGAAAUCAUACUUGAAAUUCGAACACUCCAAAUCGUUCGGCCUUGUCAGCUCCAGCACCUCCAACAUCGUAUGGUUCUCCAAGGAGGCGAAGGGAACUGGCGCCGGCCAGGUUGUCACGGCGGCCAAUGAGGAGGUUCUCUGCUGGGAUGUCAAGAAGGGCGAGCUCCUAUCACGCUGGAGGGACGAGAAGUGCAAGGCGCAGGUGACGGCCCUCGCGCAAAGCAAGACCGACCCCGAUGUCUUCGCCGUGGGCCACGAGGACGGCAGCAUCCGCUUAUGGGACAGCAAGAUUUCCACCAUUAUUGUGAGCUUUAACGGCCACCGCUCGGCAAUUACAACCCUCGCAUUCGAUAAAUCCGGCACUAGACUCGCGAGUGGCUCCAAGGAUACCGACGUCAUCGUCUGGGAUCUUGUUGCCGAGGUUGGCCAGUAUAAGCUCCGAGGCCACAAGGAUCAAGUCACCGGACUGCAAUUCGUCGAGCCCGAGCCCCCAGCUCCGGAGGACCUUGAGGAUGGCGGCAAUUCCCUGGCUAUGGUGGUCGACAGUGAGAGCUCGGAAGGUUUCCUCCUGACAACGGCCAAAGACUCCCUCAUCAAGCUGUGGGACUUAUCUUCGAGAUUCUGCGUUGAGACCCAUGUCACGCAGACCAAUGGCGAGUGCUGGGCCCUCGGGGUCAACCCGGACUGCAGCGCUUGCGUCACUGCUGGCAACGAUGGAGAGUUGAAGGUGUGGUCGAUAGAUGUGCCCACCCUUCUGACCUCUACCAAGCAGGUUGAGGUCUCCAAGCUGGGCCAAAUUCUUCAAGACCGCGGCACCCUGCACCGGAACGGCAAAGAUCGUGCAGUUGAGGUCCGCUUCCACCCGCGCAAAAGCUAUUUUGCUGUGCACGGCGUGGACAAAUCCGUCGAGGUCUGGAGGAUGCGGACAGAGGCCGAAGUGAAGAAGAGCCUGGCUCGCAAGCGCAGGAGACGACGAGAGAAGCAAGGCGUCAAGCAGGAUGCCGAUGUGGCUAUAGUCGAGGACGGUGACGACAAGGACGACAUCUCUCAAGCUGACGUGUCCGAUAUCUUCGUUCAGCACGUCAUCGUUCGCACCACGGGCAAGGCCAGGUCUGUAGACUGGGCCAUCACUCAGGGGACGAAAGAUCUACAGCUCGUGGUCGGCACAACAAACAACCAAAUCGAACUUUGGAAUAUCACAACCUUGAGGGAAAAGAGCAAGGCGAAGGGCAAAGCCGAGGACUACACAAGGACGCUGUCGGUUGAGCUACCGGGUCACAGGACCGACAUCAGAGCGAUUGCUUUAAGUUCAGACGACAGGAUGCUGGCCUCUGCCGCCAACGGAAGCCUGAAAAUCUGGAACAUAAGGACACAAACGUGCAUCCGGACAUUCGACUGCGGCUACGCCCUGUGCUGUGCUUUUCUGCCUGGCGACAAGGUCGUGGUGGUUGGUACAAAAAGCGGAGAGCUCGAGCUGUUUGACGUGGCGUCUACGGCCCUGCUAGACAGCGUGUCUGCUCACGAGGGUGCGAUAUGGUCACUACACGUCCACCCUGACGGUCGAUCAGUCGCUACCGGCAGUGCAGACAAGACGGCCAAGUUCUGGGACUUCCGGAUCAUCCAAGAGCCCGUUCUCGGCACCACAAGGACCGUCCCGAAGCUCAAACUGGUGCAGACUAGGGUACUCAAGGUGUCAGACGAUAUUCUCAGCCUGAGGUAUAGCCCAGACUCCAGGAUGCUAGCCGUGGCUCUCCUGGACAGCACAGUUAAGGUGUUCUUCACCGACUCGCUCAAGCUGUACCUGAACCUCUACGGCCACAAGCUCCCGGUUCUGAGCAUGGACAUCUCGUACGACAGUAAGCUCAUCGUCACGAGCUCGGCCGAUAAGAAUGUCAAGAUCUGGGGUCUCGAUUUUGGCGACUGUCACAAGUCGCUGUUUGGACACCAGGACAGCAUCCUGCAGGUGGCUUUUGUGCCGCACAACUCGGACGGGAAUGGACAUCACUUUUUCAGCACCAGCAAGGACCGGUCGAUAAAGUACUGGGACGGCGACAAAUUCGAGCAGGUCCAACGCCUGGAUGGUCAUCACGGAGAGGUCUGGGCUCUUGCAGUAAGUCGCAGUGGCAGAUUCAUUGUCAGUGCGAGCCACGACAAGAGCAUCCGCGUCUGGGAAGAGACCGACGAGCAGAUCUUCCUGGAAGAAGAGAAGGAGAAAGAGAUCGAAGAGCUGUACGAGAGCACGCUUACGGCCUCGUUAGAGCGGGAUGAGGACGACCAAGAUAAAGAGGGCGACGAGGUCGGCGCUGCAUCCAAGCAGACGGUCGAGACGCUCAUGGCAGGUGAAAGGAUACAAGAGGCUCUAGAGCUAGGGAUGCAGGACCUCAACACUGUGACGGAAUGGCGCCACGCGAGGCUCACAAACCCCAACCUCGCACCACCACAACGCCAUCCGAUAUUCGUGGCCCUGGGCGACAUCAGCGCCGAGUCGCAUGUCAUGGGGGUGCUGCAGCGCAUCAAGGCGUCGGCGCUGCACGACGCGCUACUAGUGCUCCCGUUUGCGACGGUGCCUUCGCUGUUCACGUUCCUGGAGAUCUUUGCGUCACGCGAGAUGAACACGCCGCUCACGUGCCGCAUCCUCUUCUUCAUGCUGCGGGCUCACCACCGGCAGAUCGUGGCCAGCCGCACGAUGCGCGCGGCGCUGGACGGCAUCCGAUCCAGCCUCAGGCGCGCACUGAAGCGGCAGAAGGACGAGAUGGGCUACAACAUUGCGGCGCUCAAGGUCGUGGGCAUGCAGGUCCGCGAGCGGAGCGUCAAGGACUACGUCGACGAGAACUGGGACGACGGGACGGAUGGGCAAAACGCCAGGAAGAGGACUUUUGUCCACGUAUCAUAGGAGGGUUGCAAUUGCCCCUGAGCUGCACCUGCCCGGCUGCUUGUCGGCUAAAUAGUGCCGGCUGCGCUAUAAACCAACAUCCAUCACCUCGGCCGACACUGCCACCUGCCCCUUGUGCCACAGUUAGACGGGCGGAGCACUUCCCGAAGGGGAUUGCCGUAGGUCUGUGCAUGUUACUGCCCGCUCGCUUUUACCCACAUAAACAAGAUCAGAUCGCUGGGCAGGUUUGGCCUCGGAAGUACCAACACUAUCCACGCUGUGGAGCCAUGUUGCUUGCUAUCCAUCACAAUCAACAUCUUUGUCGCGUGUCAACUAAGGAGGACGAGCUUAGAUGGAAGGUAUCCCUAUCCUGCACUGGGCCCUGUGGGGGGCAGUAACAUGACUCGACCAGCCCUCGGAAAAAAAAUAAACAAAGAGGGCCAGGCAGGAUGACGGGAGGGAUCCCCCGUUGGUGGGACCACGCAACUUGGGACCGAGGGCCUUCUCUCCGCUUUGUGCAACGCUGCCCGCACGACACGACCCAGGGGGGCCGCCGCAGCGAGCGAAGCGAAAGGAAGAGGGGAGGUUUUUGAGUGGUGGUGUGUGGCCGGCCUUGUUUGCUCGCUGUGGGCUCUCUCACCGGGGGGGAUCCUCGCGACAUUUCGCGAGAGAAAUAAACCCCCAUGGGUGACAGGAACCCGUCCCUCCCCGUUACCUAUCGGGUGCUCUGCCCUGUGGCCGUGGGCACCACCCCCAUGCGAGGAGGAGGUCGGGUACCUACAGGGAAAGUAGGAUAUUAAACGUUACGCUAUGGGUCUGGUCAGCAGGGUAGCGAUACAUCGGUUUGGCGGGCUUUUCUAUAGGAAAAAAUGUAGUUGGGACGUGGCCUAAUUAGGAAGGAUCUGCGGGUCGUAACGUUUGAUAUCCUACUUUCCUAUACCAUGUGCAAGGGAAACAAAGGAUAAAAACUCAC